AGGGACAUUGACUUAUAGUCAAGCUGGGUCUCUCUCUCUCUCACACCGAAGAGUCUCCAUCAUCACGUCUCUUCAGCCCUCUUCCACCAAUCGCCGAUCGCCGCCGCACUCCCAAUCGGUGAAUGAGCGCAAUGGACCGAGCAAGGAGGGCAAAAGAGUUGGUAGCGAACAAGAACAGCAUGAUAUACCUGGACCUGAAGGAUAUAAUCAAGGAUCAUGCUCUCCCGUUCCUGCCUGCCAAAUCACUUUUCAGGUUCAAUGGGGUUUGCAAGGACUGGAAGGUCCAGAUCAGAUCUCCUUUUUUUGCCCACAAGCAGUCAACUAGCUUUUCGGAUAUCUCGGGAUUCUUUCUUGUUUCCUCACCAUCAACCGUACCUUCGUUUGUCUCUCUUGAUUCCACGGCCUAUGGUGUUCCAGACCCGUCUCUGAAGUUUUUACCUGAGCCAGUUGACAUAAGGGCUUCUUCCAAUGGACUGCUUUGUUGUCAGGGACGUGAAGGCUAUAAGGCUUACUACAUCUGCAAUCCUGUUACUAAGCAGUGGAAAAAGCUUCCUAAACCAAUUGCUGACCACGGAAGAGACCCUGCUCUGGUUCUCAUCUUUGAGCCAUCUUUGCUCAGUUUUGUGGCCGAGUACAAGCUGGUCUGUGUUUUCCCAUCAGUCGACUUUGAGAAAGGACAUGAAUUUGAGAUCUAUUCCUCCAAGGAGGGGUCUUGGAGAAUUUCUGGUGAGAUUUACUAUGGCAGUGGAUCUGUUUCGCCAAGAUCCGGUGUUUAUGCGAAUGACGUAGUCUAUUGGCACACAUCGCUUGGUAGGAUCCUUGCUUUUGACCUGAAGAUGGAGAGGGCACAACUCCUUUAUAGCCAUGGUUACUUUGAUUCGGUCAUGGGUGAGAUGGAUGGAAAGCUUUGUUCGACUAGGGCUCAUGGUAAUGCAGUAACCGUAAGUGUGUUGUCUAAUGCUUACACAAACACAAUGCAGAUGCACAGCUCGGUCAAGGCAUGGGCACAAAAGCUUUCAGUUAAUCUUAACCCUGCACCAGUACCUUCAGCGCCCGGUUCUAGGGGUAGUUUAUUGCAUGCAAGUGGGAAUCUGGUGUUGUACCGGAAUGGGACAAAACUCUAUGCAUACAACCUGCGGACUAAAGAAACAAUAUAUAUGUGUGAUGGGUCUUACCAAGGGAUAUUUUUUCCUCAUGUCAACAGCCUCGUGGAGCUCUAGUUGCUUCUUGGCGAUCCUACUCUGAUGUUGCCAUUGUGCAAACCUGAAGAAGAGACACUAGUAGUUAUUGUUGGUUAUGUUUGGAACUAAUUGCUUCAUUUUCUAGUUAUGCUUUUAUUUUCAUGGCUAUCUAACGUCCAUGAGUUGGUACUCCUCAACUGCUUGUCUUUUGGGGUCAUGGUGCUUGAUAUGUUGUGAUACUGGGAUUCAGUUCACUUGAGCUUUUAAAUUAGUAUUGUAGCUGCGAUGUCUGUGGAUCUUCAAU